CUCGAGCUGCUUUUUUUUCGCGCGUGGCCGUGGGCUUUCUGGAAACGGAUGUGACGUCACCGAUAUGCGGAAGCGCUGAAGCGCGAGCCAGUCUGCAACCUUACGUGCCCAGUGAAAUCCGCAGAAAGAAAUAGCCAAACAGUCCCAAGAUGUCUAAAAUUGAGAAGAUGAGCAUCCUGGGUGUAAGGAGUUUUGGAGUGGAGGAUAAGGACAAACAAGUAAUAUCAUUCUUUACCCCUCUGACUGUGCUGGUGGGACCCAACGGUGCCGGCAAAACGACCAUCAUUGAGUGUUUGAAAUACAUAACGUCGGGAGAUUUCCCCCCCGGCAGCAAAGGAAAUACUUUUGUCCAUGAUCCAAAGGAUGCUCAUGAAACGGACGUACGGGCCCAGAUCCGCCUGCAGUUACGGGAUGUCAACGGCGAGCCACUGGCCGUGCAGAGGUCCAUGCAGUGCACCCAGAAGGGCAAGAAGACGGAGUUCAAAACACUGGAAGGUGUCAUAACGAGGUUCAAGCACGGGGAGAAGGUCAGUCUCAGUUCAAAGUGCGCCGAAAUCGACCGCGAGAUGAUCACGGCGCUGGGGGUUUCCAAAGCCGUCCUUAACAACGUUAUCUUCUGCCAUCAAGAGGAGUCCAACUGGCCACUGAGUGAGGGGAAAGCCCUCAAGCAGAAAUUCGAUGAGAUAUUUUCCGCCACAAGGUACAUUAAAGUGUUGGAGACCCUACGGCAGCUGCGGCUGAAACAGGCCACCAGCGUCAAGUCCUGCCAGGUCGAGCUGAAGUACCUGAAGCAGAACAAGGAGAAAGCCCAGGAGAUAAGGGACGCGCUCACCAGCAAGGAGUCGCAGCUGGCUGCCUCCAAGGAGAGCGUGCGCCGUAUCGAGAGCCAGAUCGAGCCUCUGGAGAAUCGGCUGAUGGACAUCGAUACUAAUCUGGGCAAAGUGAUGAAGCUGGACAAUGACAUCAAGGCCCUGGAGAGCCGAAAGAAGCAGAUGGAGGAGGACAAUCGAGAGCUGGAGGAGAAGAUGGAGCAGGUUUUUCAGGGGUCCGAUGAGCAGCUGCAGGAAAUGUACCAGAACCACCAGAAGACUGUGCGGGAGAAGGAGAAGCAGCUUGCGGAGCGUCAGCGUGAGGUGGAGCGGGUCGGCCGGGAAUGCCAGCAGCUGAACCGUCAGAAGUCCGAGCUCCUGGUAGAGCAAGGGCGUCUGCAGCUGCAGGCGGACCGCCAGGCCCAGAGCGUGAAGAGCCGCGACUCCCAGGUGAAAGCGCUGGCGUCCAGCCUGGAGAUGGACGGCUACGACCGAAGCCCUUUCAGCGAAAGGCAGCUGCAGAGCUUCCACCGGCAAGUGAAGGAGAGACAGGACAAGGAGAGCGAGGCGAUCGAGCAAGACAUGCGGGAAUUUCAAGAGAAGGAGGCAUCGAAACAAAACAGCAUUGACGAGAUCCGGGACAAGAAGACCGGAUUGGAGCGUACCAUCGAGCUGAAGACCGACAUGCUGAACAAGAAGCAGCAGGAACUGAGGAACGUCAAGGAGGACCUUCGCAAGCUCGAGGGCUCUUCGUCACGCCUGCAGGAGCUGGAGCAGGAGCUGGCCAAAGCGGAGCGAGAACUGGAGAACGCCACGCGGGGCUCGAGCGUGGACGCACUGAAGGAGGAGGUGCUGGCCCUCCAGGAGGAGAAGGGGGAGCUGGACAAAGCCCAGCGCAAGCUGGACCAGGAGAUGGAGAUGCUGAACACUCACACCGCGACUCGCACGCAGAUGGAGAUGCUCAAGAAGGACAAGAUGGAUAAAGAAGAACAGGUGAGGAAAAUUAAGUCCCGGCACAAUGAUGACUUGGUCUCCUUGUUGGGGUAUUUUCCUAACAAAAGACAACUGGAGGAUUGGAUCCACGCCAAGAACAAAGACAUUCGCUCCACGCGGGAAAAGCUCAUCAAGCUGAACAAAGACCUGGCCUCCGGCGAGCAGAACAAGACCCACAGCACGGCGCUGAUCAAGCAGAAGGAGCAGCAGCUGUCCAGCUACGAGGAGCGGCUCUUCAACGUGUGCGGCAGCCAGGACUUCGAGAGCGACCUCAGCAAGCUGCAAGAUGAGCUGGAGAAGAGCUCCAAGCAGAGAGCCAUGCUGGCAGGUGCCACGGCCGUUUACACGCAGUUCAUCAGCCAGCUGACGGAGGAGGAGGCGGAGCCCUGCUGCCCGGUGUGCCAGCGCACCUUCCCGUCGGAGGCCGAGCUGCAGGACGUCAUCGGCGACCUGCAGUCCAAGCUGCGGCUGGUGCCCGACAAGCUGAAGAACACGGAGCAGGACCUGCGGAGGAAGGAGAGGAAGCGCGACGACAUGAUGGCCCUCAAGCCCAUUCGGCAGUCCCUGUCCGAGCUGCAGGAGCGGGAGCUGCCGGAGCUCCGCAACAGACUGCAAGGCAUUAACCGCAGCAUCGAGAAGCUGAAGAACGACACGGAGGAGCAGGAAACCCUUCUGUGCACGCUGAUGACGGAAGAGGAGACGGCUAAAGCCUGCCUGCAGGACAUCGCGCUCAUGGACAGAUACCAGCUGGACCUGAAGGAGGUGGAGCGGAAGAUCGCCCAGCAUGCCGCCAAGCUCCUGGGCAUCGACCUCAGCCGCACCAUGCAGCAGGUUAACCAGGAGAAGCAGGAGACGCAGCACCGCCUGGACACCAUAUCUAGCAAAAUCGAGCUGAAGAGGAAACUGAUCCAGGACCAGCAAGACCAGAUCCAGGCCCUGAAGAGCAGUGUGAAUGAGACAAGGUCUGAAAUGCUGCUCAUCUCCAGCAACAUGCAGCAACAGCAGCAGCUGGAGAACCAGUGUGUGGAGUUCACCACGGAGAUCCAGACUCUCCACCGGGACAUCCGGGAUGCCAGAGAGCAGGUGCACCCCCUGGCAACUACUCUGGAGAAACUGCAGCAGGAGAAACAGGACCUGAUUGAGCGCAGGAAGAAGACGACGCAGGAGGGACAGGAGAAGAUAAAUGCCAUCAGAGAGAGAGUGAAGAACAUCACCCUUUACGAGAAGGAGAUUCAGAGCUACAUCAGAGAUGGGAAACAUGAGUACAAGGAGCAAAAAGAAGCUGAGCUGCAGGAGAUCACCACCCAGCUCCACGAGGCCGAGAAGCAACGUGAGAAGAUCAAUAAAGACAUCGGGAACAUCAGGCAGGACAUCGACACGCAGAAGGUCCAGGAACGCUGGCUCCAGGACAACCUAACGUUGAGGAAGCGCAUGGAGGAGCUGCUGGAGGUGUCCGAGAAACGCACGGCACUCAUGAAGGAAAUGGGACACAUGCAGGUUCUGCAGCUGCGAAAGGAGCGCAGGGAGGUGGAGCAGCGGCUGGAGGACCUGAAGAAGAACCGCAGCGUGGCGGUGGGGCGCCAGAAGGGCUUCGAGGAGGAGAUCCUGCACUUCCGCAAGGAGCUGCGUGAGGAUCAGUACGGGCAGGCCGAGGAACGCUUCCGGGACAAAAUGAUCGUCAUGCGUACCACGGAGCUGGCCAUCAAGGACCUGGACAUCUACUACAAGGCCCUCGACCAAACCAUAAUGAAGUUCCACAGCAUGAAGAUGGAGGAGAUCAAUAAAAUCAUCCGAGACCUCUGGCGCAGCACGUACCGCGGACAAGAUAUUGAGUACAUAGAGAUCCGCUCUGAUGUGGAUGAGAACGCCUCAGCCGCUGUAAAGAGGAGGACCUACAAUUACCGUGUGGUGAUGGUGAAGGGUGAUACCGCACUGGACAUGAGGGGGCGCUGUAGUGCCGGACAGAAGGUGCUGGCUUCCCUGAUCAUCCGCCUCGCCUUGGCAGAGACGUUCUGCCUAAACUGUGGCAUCCUGGCUCUAGAUGAGCCGACCACCAACCUCGACCGUGAAAACAUCGAGUCCCUCGCCCAUGCCCUUGUAGAGAUCAUCAAGAGCCGUUCCCGGCAGCGGAAUUUCCAGCUGCUCAUCAUCACCCACGACGAAGACUUCGUGGAGCUUCUCGGCCGCUCCAACUACGUGGAGCAUUUCUACAGGAUCAGGAAGAACAUCGACCAGUGCUCUGAGAUCUCACGGUGCAGCGUCUCUUCUUUGAGCUCCGACUUGCAUUGAGGAGCCUGUGCAGAGCCUGUUAAUGCCAAAGAGGAACGGGCACUAGGGCCCGGGCUAGCUGGAGAAAACGUGUUGGUUAUUAUCGGUGUUUGAAGUUAAGUCGACGUUUAAACGUACAAGACAUUUGUAGAAUCAGAUUUGCACAUCUGUGGUUUGUGGGUCAUGACACUUCCCAAUUAAACAUUUAGCAGGAAAUCUGUUAAUCUGAUAAA